CUGACAUAAUUAAGAUAAUUUUUUCUGACACAGUUUAACUCUGAUAUCUUAUGUUUUAUUACCAUCUUUUUCAUCUAUAGUGAAUAAACUGUAUUAAUAAAUGAAAUGUUCUAGGUGUCUGAAUAAAUUUUGGUUUGACUGUAUAUAUAAGUUGCUUGAUGCUUUGAUUAAUGCAUGGAUAGAAGUAUUAAUGCAUGAAUUAAAAUAUUAAUGUCUUAUAAAAAAAAAAAAUUCUGACCCCCACACUUUGAAACAGUAGUGUAGCUUAUAUAUUUCCAAGUGUGACUGUAAUAACUCCAAGAAGAGUAUUUCCCACAAGCUGCCAAGCCUCAUAAAUGACACCCAUCACCUCUCCCCUACUGAUCCCACUGACCCAUUAAACAAUGACUGUGAUAGCUUCCCAUCCAAAGGCCAUCCUCCUGUUGCACAACAUAGACCUUUCACAUAAUACUGGACAAAUUGCACUACAAGUACUGAAAUAUAUUGCACAUACAUGUCAUAAUAUUGGUAUCAUGUAACUUUCAGUAUUUAUUUCUGCAGUUCUUAAUCAUCAAGGGAAUUUCAUUGUGCAGUGUAACCUGUUACCCUGUGCAAAUGACAAUAAAGAGCUUGAGAGGUUCAGUGCAUCUGUUGGAAGACACCUUGCAAUGUAAUGCAUAACAGGUGCAGUCAGAGUAACAAAGCAUAAUCUAGAUCAGCAUGAGAGUGUAUGGAACUGAAACAUCACGCCUCAACAAAAAGUUCACUAGUCAUAUUAGAUUGCCCGCAUAAACCAUCACUUUUCCUUUCCAGUUUACCACUCACUCCUGCUCCCUCCUGAAUCAUCUGGCUAGCUACCUAGAGGAAUCUGAGUUCCCAGUGGGUCACCAUGGAUACCAGCAGAGGUUCAAGGCUCAUCUCAAAAGCCGGAGGAGAAGAGAAGCAACCCCUCUGUGGCGGGGAGGGCAGAACAUCAAGUCUUAACAGGCCUGCCAUGGGACUAGCCACAAUCCCCAAGACCCACCAUCUCAAGUAGCUGUAACCAAGGAUGCCCCUGCUAUGAUUUCCUCCCAGAGCACUCUCUAGGUGUGGCUCUCUCUUCAUGAGGGUGAGUAAUGACUGAGCGGUCAUAAGAAGAGUGCUUUGUUUGAGUAAUGAAACCACGACUGUGAGAAAGAAGGAUCAGCAGCACAUCUGGGGCAUUCCUGUCACAACUGUACAGACAAAGCCAAAAGACAAACACUGCUUUGUGCAAGAAAGGUUGCAAACCCCCUCAAACCAUGCAGCUUGAUUGCCACAAUACCAGAGAUUGCAGACAGUAAGACAGAAAUCACCACCUAGCAACCCCAUGGCAUUGUGGCAUUGAGGAGUGUUUCUACGAGCAUCUUCGUUCAUUGCCGUCAUAGCGCUCUGACGCGAUGUUUAGGUGACAACGCCGAGCCGGUCCAUCAGCCUCCGCCCAUCGCGUGCUUCCACAGAACCGACCGUGCCUCUGAUGCGUGACCUGUUGAAGCUCGUUCUCGUGCGGUGCAUGGAGCUGCGCUUCUGUAGCUGCCAAAAUGAACAACUAAACAAUCGACCUCAACAUGCCUACCAUUUAUGGAAGACAUGACCCAAUCCUGGCCUUACCAGCAGCCCGCAGGGGAAGGGAGCAAUCAGCAUUUCCUGUACUCGCACUCAAAGGAGGGAAAACAGCCCAAUUCACGACACAGACAUGUGAAGGAUGGUGUCUCUAUGAGGAUGCCCUCACGUCCACUCGUGGCCCCUCAUAAAUCCAUGCUUGCUGAUGACCUGAAGCUCAGCAGUGAUGAAGAUGACAAGGACGAGGGAAGUGAGCAAACAAGUUCCUGGGCCAAUAAUGACCGCUUGUCAGGCCAGCAGCAGCAACACACACAUGCACAUGUUGGAAGGGUGAGACAUUCUAGCUCAGGGUCUUCAGGAUCAGACCCCUCCAGCGAGUGGGAAAGCAGCAGCCAGCGAUCACGCAGCCCGAGCCCAGGGACGCAUGCCCGGUGCAGGACACCGACCCAACAGCGGAGCCUAAACUGCAGCACAGAGACGGAGAGUCCUCCAUCCACACAGUGGCAACUGGACAGGUGGCUUGAGAAAGUCCCUAAAAAGCAUCAGUCAACUGACCACGACCCAGGAGGACAGCGACGAAGUGCAAAAUCUGACUGUGGCCGAGGACCAUCACCUGGAAGAUACUGGGGCAGAGACUCUGAGUCAAGACGGGAUUAUAGUCCUUGUGAUAGUCCGGUUCCAAGUCCAAAAUUUGACUAUAGCCCCAGAAACAGUCCUCGUCCCAGCCCAGAAUACAGUCCAUGCCCCAGUCCAGGAAAUAGCCUUGUGCCAAGCCCAGUGCCAAGUGUGUGCCCAAGUCCAGGAGACAGUCUCCGAGGGAGUCGAAGUCCAAGCCCUUUAUUUCAGCACCCUCCCAGAAGCCCAAGUCCAAAUCUCUCAUCCACCCCAGUACCUAUCCAAGGUACAUAUCCUCAGGUACAGUCACCUCAGCGGGAAAUUCCCAGACAUAUUUCACAUCCAACAGUUGCCUCCAAUCCAGCACAUCGUCCCAAAGUCAGGCCAUGGGUGCCUCCAGACCAUAGCUCCGACCAGAGAAAGGAAUUUAGACCCAAAGACUCUAGAUCCAGAGACUCUCGAGCCAAAGACUCCAGACCUUGUCCUCCUCAACAACCCCAUCAUUCCAAACACAGCUCAACAGAAAAGUUACACAAAGAUCUCACACACAAGCCUGAAUCCAAAAACUCUGAAUCCACAAGCAAGCAAAGGUUUAACUCGCCUUCGAACCCAAUUACAAAGCAUUCGUUGAAGCAAAGGCCACGUGUUAGCCCAAAACCACAAGCCAGGCACUCAUCUACAACUGACCAUAGUAUUGAACAUAAUCACAGAAGCAAUGAACCUACAGGAGCAUCAAAGCACAGUUCAACCCCCAAAUCGGGGCAUUCAUCUAAUUUAAAUACUCUAAAGAGCUCAGACCGUGGUCCUUCGUCAAAGUCCAGGGACUCAUCCCAAAGCGAAGUCAACAGUCGAUAUAGUCACAGCAGCUCUAAGAGUAAAUCUUUCCCAGACACCAAGCAAUCCAGCUCUAAACAGACUUCCCAACCACAUUCCAGCCCAAAGCGCAGGGUCAAACUAGGGGACAACCCGGUGCCCAGAACCGGGCACUCCAUAAAAGAGCCAAAGCCCAGAGAGAGAGAGCAGGAGGUGGACAGCCGAGGUAAGGCCCAGGGAGAGACCCUGGUGCCGACUGGCAAGGAGCAGAGACAAAGAAUACUGGCGGAAGAGCAGGUAAUAAGGCGCCGCUGGGUUCGGAGUUCUGAGGAAGAGGAAGACGAGGACGAUAGGAGAACUGAGGAAGGGGAAAGAGAGAGGAAGCGAAGAAGGAGAAGGGAGCAGGAAACUGAAUGGAAGGCGGUACAGCCCAAGCAAAGACCUCACACCAACAGCCAGCAUCACACUCAACAGGAAUGCAACAGACUCAACCUUGAGGAGCAGAGGAGGAAGAAGAAAAGGUGGAGCAACGAUGACAUUUCCUCACAUCCUCAUGUGAUAGACUCUAGCCCUUCUCCUCCACUCUCUCCACCUUCACCUACUCCUGUCGUCAAGCCCACUCGUCCAUCGUCUUCCUCAUCCUCAUCCUCCUCAUCGUCCUCCUCAUCUUCCUCUGAAUCAGACUCUGAGUCCAGUCCACCCCGGAACGUUGCCAAAGUCCCUGCAGAUUCAACAUCAAACCAAAAAACAGUUCCAAAGAGGAGGCACGACAAACAGGGUUCCGGCACUGGUGCUCACCCCAACGGCUCGAACUUAAGCACCCCUGAAACAGACAAACAAGUCCGGGGCAGGCACAAACUCUAUACACUGGUUCCUUUCGGCCGAUCUGAGAAGUCCCCCACCGUCGCACAUCGAGGCCUGAAAAAACUUGUUGUGAGGAUAGACCUCUCACUUCUGGGUAGAGUACCUAGUGCAGAUGAGAUUACCAAGGGACAGUCCUCGUCUUCAUCUUUGUCAUCGGGAAAGGCAAAAGAAAAGACAUUGAUGAAGCAACUGCACCACUCUGACCAACUGCCUGGAGAUGGCAGAAGUAAAAGAAAAGCUGAGAAUGGAGAUGCUCAAAGAGAAAAUAAGAGAAAUCACUCUCGUGCAGAUAAACUCCCACCGUCAGUCCAUAAUGAGACUGAGGAAACCUGUGCUGACAACAAACAAAACGGAUGUCAGGAUGAUUACUUUUACUCCAAAAGGCCAGUGUCGCCAUUGUCUCCUCCAUCUGACAUACUAGAGCUCUCAAAGCCCUCUGUGAAAGCUCAGCAUGCAGAGAAUUACCGCACACCUCCAGAAAAAGACAAUGAUUCAACAGCACAGAAAACACAGGUCCAGAAGACGCAGCCCAAGGUAGAAGUGGAGUGUGUUGGGGUGUCAGGACACCUACAGCCUCUCUCUGGAUCUCGGGGUCCUCCUCCAAACCUUCCACUUCACUACAGCGGAACUGUACCUAUCAGUGAUGUCUCUCAUCAUGCUGAGUACUACAUGCAUGAGGCCAAGAGGUUGAAACAUCGAGCAGACGCAAUGGUGGAUAAGUUAGGAAAAGCUGUGAAUUAUGUGGAUGCUGCUUUGUCCUUCAUGGAGUGUGGUAAAGCCAUGGAAGAGGGACCGCUGGAGUCCAAGUCCCCCUACACCAUGUAUGCUGAAACUGUGGAGCUCAUAAGAUACGCUAUGAGAAUUAAGAGUCACGCAGGCCCUGGAGUCAGCCAGGAAGACAAACAGCUAGCUGUACUGUGUUUCCGCUGUCUUGCUCUUCUUUAUUGGCAAAUGUUCAGACUUAAAAAGGACCAUGCUCUGAAAUACUCUAAAGUUCUGCUGGACUACUUCAAGAGUUCUCCAAAAGGACCUCAAAAACCCCCUUGGAACGAUGCUGGAAAGGGAACUGUGCCUCCUGCCUCUAUUUGUUCUGUCAAUAUAAUGGGAUCUCACACAGGCAGCUCACCGAGCAGCGUCAUCAGCAUUCCCCAUCGUAUCCACCAGAUGGCAGCAAAUCACCUCAACAUCACCAACAGUGUCCUGUACAGUUAUGAGUACUGGGAGGUGGCUGACACCCUGGCCAAGGAAAAUAAGGAAUUUUUCAACUAUCUAAACACACUGACUGGACCCUUGACUCUGCAUAGCAGCAUGGCCCAUAUCGUCCAGUACACCAGGCAAGGGCUGCAGUGGAUCCGGAUCAGUGCUAAUCUAUCAUAAUACCAUGUACAGACAUUCUCAAACUCCACAAAUCACUUGUGAAAACAAUGUUCUGAAGCCAAAUUAGCAAAAGAUUUUACAGUUCCUGCACUCUCUGUCCAGGGUGUCUUGGGCCAGGACUAUUGAAAAUCGUCUGCCAUAGGUUCAUGAUGGCAUCAUGUUAUCAUAUGGUAUUCAGAAGUAGACAUACCUUUGUUACUUCAUCCUACUGAGCAUUAAAUGUCAUAAUAUCUGAGGAUACAGUGUGAGAAAUAAUCAUGUUUUCUUUUAUGCAAUCAAGACUUGCAGGUCAAAUUGAAAGAACCUUGGUCAUUCAAUUCUUAGCACUUCUUUAAAAAUGCUAAUCUUACUGAAAGUUUUGAAAAGGAACCAUUAUCGGCUAAUUCAUCAAAUGCUGCUUUUCCAAAAUGUGCCACAUUUUUAUAUCAGAAAAAAUUAAAAAAUCUUUUUUAUUUUCUGUAUGUAAUUAUUAUGACAAAAACUCUUUACUGGAUUAAAAUGAUUUUUUUAUGACAGGGUGCUGCAUCCUUCCAACGUUCAUUAAAAACUGUUUUUUUUUUUUGUUUUUUUUGUUUUUUAACAUGAGCCUUCCAUAACUUAUGUCAAAAUCAGUGCAUGCACAAAGUCUUUAAGAUCUGUGGAUGUGAUUCAUGUUUUUUAUAUGAAGUUCUUUGUGCAAUAAGUCAGAAUUUUUACAUAUGUGUCAUAAAUGUUUUGGUGCUGUUUUUCAAUAGCCAGCAUAAAGUCAUGUCGGUCUAUGCAAGACUAUUUAUGGCCUUGUGAAGUUCUUGUAAAGUUUAAACUGUAAGAAGGAAAAAACAUAAUCAGGACUUUUGUAAUUAAAGUGUUUUUACAGUA